UCUCUCUCUGUUCUCUUCUCUUCUCUUCUCUCUCUCGCAUGGCAGUGAGACGUUCAAGCUUUGUGUUGAGGGCGACGCCCGUAACGAUUAUAGCACAUUUGAUGGGGAUAGCGGCCGUGACUCUUGUGCUCAUCUGGUACUUACAUUUUCGUGAAGGCCUCGCUUUCAAAUCCUCCAACAAAUUGAAGAUCUUCAACGUGCACCCGGUUCUUAUGGUUGUUGGGUUCGUUGUGGUUGCUGGAGAAGGUGUGAUGGCGUACAAGACUAUUCCUGGAACAAGAAAAGUACAGAAGUUCUUCCACAUGACAUUCCAUCUCAUCGCUCUUCUUGUGGGGAUUUUGGGUGUGUAUGCCGUUUUCAAGUUCAAAAGAGAGGUGGGCCAACCUGAUAUGUUCACCUUCCAUUCAUGGCUAGGCAUGGGGACCAUCUGCUUAUUUGGCCUUCAGUGGCUAGUUGGUUUCUUCUCCUACUGGUUCCCAGGUGCCGAGAUGCCGUUCCGAGCGAGUUUCUUGCCGUGGCAUGCAUUCUUCGGUAUGGCCAUUUUCCUCAUGACAAUCUGCACCGCCGAGAUGGGUCUAGUAGAAAAGUUCCUUUCUCAAGGCCUAGGGCGUGACAAAGAAGCCUAUGUGGUGAACUUCACCGGCGUAGCCAUUUUACUCUUCGGCAUCACCGUCACCCUCAGCUCCGUCCUCCCACGAUACUAAUAUUUAUUUGUUGUUAAUAAACAAUUCCCAUUUAUGGAAUUCUCACACAUUAAUAAUUUGAGGUCUUUGUUCUACAUUGCUCACUUAUGUUAAGAUCUUGUGACAUUGUGAAUGAUUGAGUUCGAGGCACGUUUGGAUGUACUAUUGAUUUGAAUUGUGAUU